CGGCUCGUGCACUGCGCCUACAACUGGAUAGACGGGAAUACGGCUCCCGUUUGGACAAAAGACGUACACCGAAAACACACCGGCAAACACGAGGCACGCGUGCACCAUUAGCUCCAGAACCAGUCCAGAUCAACUGUGCGGAGUUAUCUCGGAGUCUUGACUGGGAAACAGGGAGGAGAGAGCGGGGAGGAUGCGGACUACUUCCCGUCGCGCUCUGAUAUAGACCCGAGUGCUGCGCGUCCAGCAGGGCCAUCUUUUCUCGUCCUCGCCGGUGACAGAGUGGACACUUUGACUCUGCUGCUCGUUCCUAACGGAUGAUUCCGUUCGCGUUCACUCAUCUGCAACGUCAUCCUCGGCUGUGAUUCUUCAGCAACACUCCUGCUCCCUGUCACAAUCCCGUUGUUCUGCGGCUACAUUCCGUGAAUCCGAGGGCGAGACGGGAGAACGCGGAUAUUCGAAUCAUGGACGAGGAAUAUGAUGUGAUCGUGCUGGGCACCGGGCUCACGGAAUGCAUUCUGUCCGGGAUCAUGUCGGUCAACGGCAAGAAGGUCCUGCACAUGGACCGGAACCCGUACUACGGCGGAGAGAGCUCGUCCAUCACCCCGCUGGAGGAGCUCUACAAGCGCUUUUCCCUUGCUGACAGCCCACCGGAGUCCAUGGGAAGAGGCCGGGACUGGAACGUGGACCUCAUCCCCAAAUUCCUCAUGGCGAACGGUCAGCUGGUGAAGAUGCUGCUCUACACAGAGGUCACAAGGUAUCUGGACUUCAAGGUCGUGGAGGGAAGUUACGUCUACAAAGCAGGGAAAAUCUACAAAGUUCCAUCCACCGAGACCGAGGCGCUCGCUUCAAAUCUGAUGGGAAUGUUCGAGAAACGCCGCUUCCGCAAGUUCUUAGUCUUUGUGGCCAACUUUGACGAGAACGAUCCCAAGACCUUCGAGGGCAUCGACCCAAAAACCACCACCAUGAGGAACGUGUACAAGAAAUUUGAUCUGGGACAGGAUGUCAUCGACUUCACUGGCCACUCCCUCGCCCUCUACAGGACAGACGACUACCUGGACGUCCCGUGCCUGGAAACCAUCAACCGCAUCAAGCUCUACAGUGAAUCUCUGGCUCGCUACGGAAAGAGUCCGUACCUGUACCCGCUGUACGGCCUCGGAGAGCUGCCGCAGGGAUUUGCAAGAUUGAGCGCCAUCUACGGAGGAACCUACAUGCUGAACAAGCCUGUGGACGAGAUUGUGAUGGAGGGGGGCCGAGUGGUGGGAGUCAAGUCUGAGGGAGAGGUGGCUCGCUGCAAGCAGCUCAUCUGCGACCCCAGUUACAUCCCCGACCGCGUCUGCAAGGCCGGUCAGGUGAUCAGAGUGAUCUGCAUCCUCAGUCACCCCAUCAAGAACACCAGCGACGCCAACUCCUGUCAGAUUAUCAUCCCCCAGAACCAAGUCAACCGCAACUCAGACAUCUACGUGUGUAUGAUCUCGUACGCGCACAACGUGGCGGCCCAGGGCAAGUACAUCGCCAUCGUCAGCACCACAGUGGAAACCAGCUCACCAGAGGCUGAGAUCGCGCCUGCCUUGGAGCUGCUGGAGCCCAUCGACCAGAAGUUUGUGGCGAUUAGUGACCUUUACGAGCCGACGGACGACGGCACAGAGAGCCAGGUCUUUGCCUCGAGGUCCUACGACGCCACCACCCACUUCGAGACCACCUGCAACGACAUAAAGGACAUCUACAAGCGCAUGACCGGCACCGACUUUGACUUUGAGAACAUGAAGCGCAAACAGAACGACGUGUUCGGCGAGGACGAGCAGUGAGCGCUGGGGGCGGGGUCAUCUCCCCCACGCUCUCACACACACACACACACACACUUCACACACUCUCCUUAUCACUGAAAAGCAGGGUUGACAUGGUUUUCUCGUAGUCCAACUCGAAGCGUUUCGUUCUUUCUGAAUCAUAUCUAUGGUUUGACAGGCAUUAAGCGGCUCACCUCCAGUUGCAUGCACCUUCUCCACACUAGUGUUGUACAUAGACUCCAGUGGCUCCCACUCGCUCCUGUCAGCCCUGCUUUCACCCGCUCCUGGUUUGAGGAAGCGAAACCAUGAAAACAAAAAAUAACAUGACGAAAGUGUAUCAAUGGGCUUUUCUGUCGACCGGUAGUGCUCACUUUGCAAUGCUGUUGUGUUUCCCUGUCUAGCGGGCGAGCUAACCAGUGGCUUCUAACCCCUCCCACACACCUCUUUGUUCAUCUCUGUUGUGCGUUUUCAAUUUGACUAGUUUUAAUCUUUUAAAUUAUUGCAGAGUUUUAUUUGAUAUUUGGUGCACACUGGCUGAAGUUAUGACGUUUACUGGGAGAGGUCUUCGGGGGAGGACGGAAGAUGUUGAGGAAGUGAGAAGAAAGUGAAGUCUGGCUUGAUGAUGGGAACGUUGGAUCUGUGAAUACUGAAAUUUUAGCUCACAGUGAAGCACCAGAUAGUCGUCAGGUUUGUUUACAUCCUUGUUCGUCGUGUCGCCCCAACCUUUGAUUGUGACCCGAGGAGACGAGUGACCGCGUGGAACACGGCUCUUCUACGAUCCUGAAUCUCAAACUGUAGCCACAUGAGACAGAAGAGAAGUUAUCUUGGCUCUUCAGUCUAACAUUUGGACCCUAAACACUUCAAGGGAAACAAGACUCAGCUGGUCGCCCAGCAACCGUUAACUGCCGCUCCUGUGUUCGGCGUGUGGAACAUUCUUUUGAUCUAUUUAUUUCAAGUCAAAGAGGAACGUUUACGACAUGUUUUUGGUUGAUAUUUGCCGUGUUUUGUUUACCUUAAUGGACGAUCAUUCUGGUGCAUCGUCACAAGCAGAACGGAGGGAGGUUAGCACGGGGAAGUGUACACGUGUGUUGGGAACACUGUAUUGUUGUGUGUGUGCUCUGGAAUAAACUGGAAUUCUGUCUCAACACGAAGUCAGAAUCACA